UGACGGUGCUGGCAGCUUGCGUGGUGGGUGUCAAUGCACCACUUUGGGUGCUCGCGUGUUGUUCAUUUACACACAAAAAAGUUAAUGAAAAUCAACUGCUACAUUGCCCAAGCUAGGGAUGCAAAGCUCAAAUCCUAAAGACACAGCUCGUAAAUUUCACCUCCAACUUCCAAGUUCGUCUCCCAGCUAUACACCAUACUUGACAGGCACUGCAGCAACGGAGUUACUUGGCGCAUUCAACAAAAGAAAAGAUUUCUCAUAACAAGGAAGUUUUGGGGAAAAAGCAUCUCUUCUGUAAUUUGGUUCGAGUCCUUAUGACUGCAGUUCCUCUCAUUCAGGUUGGAAGUUGUGCUAUGGCAGAAAGAAGUUGUCAAAGCUUCAUGAACAUCAAUGAGGAAGACGCUAGCGUGUCAUCUUUGUGUUCAGUGGAAUCCGGCAGUAGUUUCUGCGCAUGUAAAUUUUGUGGUUCAAAUUUUUUGAAGACAACUAGCCAAUGUCAGAACAUCACCGUUCAUACUGUUACUCAGUUCUCUCCUUCUCCUGUAAUCUCCUGCACAGAAAGUGUGCCUCAAGGUGCUAAUAUUUCACAAAUUACAGUCGAUACAGAGCAUGGACAAUCACAGUCAUCUAAUCAAUCAACAUCAUCUACGGUCCUGCGAGAUGUACAUAUUUCAGCAAAUUUAAUGGAAGAUUUCCUUGGGCUUGCUAAAGACAAUACAGAGAAGGAUCUAGAAACAUGUGGGACACUUGGCGCCUUUCUGAAAAAUGGAACAUUCUAUGUGACAACUCUGAUCAUACCCAAACAGGAAUGCACUUCCAACUCUUGCCAGGCGACAAAUGACGAGGAAGUUUUCUCCAUACAAAACGAACAAUCACUUUUCCCUGUAGGAUGGAUCCAUACACAUCCUUCUCAAAAAUGUUUCAUGUCAUCAGUGGAUUUGCACACUCAUUAUUCAUGUCAGGUUAUGAUACCUGAGGCAUUUGCUGUUGUCAUGGCUCCGACAGAUACCUCAAGGAGCUAUGGAAUAUUUCGUCUAUCCGACCCCGGUGGGAUGAGUGUCCUAAAAGAGUGCCAAGAGCAAGGGUUUCAUCCUCACAAAGAAACCACAGAUGGGAGCCCCAUUUACGAGCACUGCUCUAAUGUCUACACAAACUCAAAUCUGAGGUUUGAAAUCUUUGACUUGCGUUGACAUGCCUGUUUAGAAAUGCAAGACUUUCACACUGUCGACACAUCAAGUAGCAACAGAGCUUGGAAUAAGUUGUUGGUAUUUAAUAAUUCAGAUUGAAAAAAAAAAAAUGUAUCUGCAUAAUUAACCAGUGUAAAUAGCGUUUUGAAAGUAAUAAAAAGAACAAGGAAGAACAAAUUGUGGGUCUCAAUGUGUUUCUCUUUUGCAUGCAACUGGUAAUUACUGUCCUUAACUUCUACCUGCGCCUUUUUGCUUAGUUUUGACCUUUUGAUGCUCAAUAAAUAUCAUGUUCGAGUUUCAACCAA